UCGUAUGGCGCAUAAUUAAUGCUUGUCUAUUAUUUUCGGUCUGUUGCCAGGGGAGGCCUACGCCUUAGAAAAUAAACUUCUUAUUUUUGUUUAUAAGAGGCAAAACUAGUUUCGAAUUUCCGACCGCAGACAAGGUAGAACCCAGUUCUUUAAACUGGAAUUUUCAUGGAUUCCAACCCUGUGACGGUACAGAUUCCUGGGGCCAGUGACCCAGUUUCCCAGAUAUCGUCCCCAAGAGAGACUGAAAGCCCAAACCAAGUGGGAGAUGGGCUCAGUGCACCCCCUCCACAAACAGUCAAAUGUUAUCCAGUCCAACCCCUCAAAGAACUUCAACCUACCAAUAAAUAUCCCUCGGAAUUUGUACAAUAUCCCUAUUCACCAGGACAGCAACCCAUAGUUACUCAACCUGGAUUAGGAACCGGAAUGCCACUAGAUGGAUUACCCAAGACUUUAAUACCUCACUGCCCACGCGGAUUGGAGUACCUGGCAAACGUCGAUCAGCUUCUGGUUAAGCAGAAGGUCGAAAUUCUCGAGGCCCUCACUGGAUUCGAGACAAAUAAUCGUUACUCCAUCCAAAACGUCCUGGGACAGAAGGUGUUCUAUGCAGUGGAGGACACCAACUGUUGCACCCGUAACUGCUGUCCCGAAAGACCCUUUCACAUGAAGAUUUUUGAUACCUAUCUCAAGAACGAGGUGAUCCACAUGCAUCGUCCUUUGGGUUGCUCUUCUAUAUGUUGUCCCUGCUGUCUGCACAGCAUUGAGAUAUCCGCACCACCUGGAAACUUGAUAGGUAAAAUCCAGGAGGAAUGGUCCAUUUGCAGACCCCGUUUUCGUAUCCUAAACCAAAAUGGAGAUCUCGUUUUGCGCAUAGAAGGACCCGCUUGUUUUUGCUCCAUGUGCUGCAAGGUCAACUUUAAUGUGAUAUCUCUCGAUGGUGAAAAGGUAGGCAGGAUCUCGAAACAGUGGUCAGGACUUGCCCGUGAAUGGUUCACCGAUGCAGACAUGUUCGGGCUCACCUUUCCAAUGGACUUGGACAUUAACCUAAAGGCAGUUCUACUGGGCGCAACAUUCCUAAUCGAUUUUAUGUUCUUCGAAAAGUCUUGUGAAUGUUGUCUUAAGUUUGCCGAUUGCUGCCUCAAUUGCCUUAAUAAUACUUAAAUGGGGUUGAUUGAGGGGAAAAUUGCUUAUCUAAUGAUGAGACUGAAAACUCAGAAGACUGAAACUUGAGUCGAAGUUUAUCUGUAUCCUUUGUUUAUAAACUUAUAGCAAUAAUUAUUGUCGCGUU